CGACGACGACGACGAAGACGAUAGCGACGACGAUAUGGAGGAGAGCCACCUGCUGAUGACUGAACUUCCUUCGCCGUUAACGCCGAGCGCCGGUCGCGGCGGUACAACCUUGCUUCAUCGUCCGGGCCAUUACUAUCACCUGCAUCAGCCGCACCUGGCGAUACCGACGUCGCAGAAUCAAGCGAUUCUUCACGGCGCGACCGCUGCCACCGCCGCCGCCGCCGCUGCUGCCGGUCUACCAGCCUACACCAUCAGCCAGGGUGGCAUCUCCUCGCGGCAUCAGCUGCACCCACAUCAGGUGCAUCAACGCGGCACCGCGGUAACGCACGGCCAGCCCGCCGCGAGCACCCACGUGUCCUCCCUGUAUCCAGAGAUUCUGGCGCUCAUCUUCAGCUACCUGGACGUACGCGACAAGGGACGAGCCGCUCAAGUAUGCACCGCGUGGCGCGACGCUGCCUAUUAUCGCUCGGUUUGGCGAGGAGUCGAAGCGCGACUGCACCUCAGAAAACAGGCGCCGGCGUUAUUCGCCAGCUUGGUAAGACGCGGCGUGAAGAAGGUACAGGUGUUGUCACUGCGACGCGGUCUCAGCGAUGUUCUAAAGGGCGUGCCGAAUCUUGAGGCACUCAACUUGUCCGGUUGCUACAACAUCACCGACUCCGGUAUCACAAAUGCUUUUUGCCAGGAGUACCCGUCCCUCAUCGAGCUCAACCUAUCACUUUGCAAGCAAGUGACGGACACCUCCCUCAGCAGGAUAGCACAGUUCCUGAAGAAUCUCGAGCAUCUUGAACUGGGCGGUUGCUGCAACAUCACAAACACCGGUUUACUGCUGAUCGCAUGGGGCUUGAAGAAACUCAAACGACUGGACCUACGAAGUUGCUGGCACGUUUCUGACUUGGGCAUUGCUCAUUUGGCUGGACUGAAUCGCGAGACCGCCGACGGUAAUCUCGCUUUGGAGCACCUGAGUUUGCAGGACUGCCAACGAUUGAGCGACGAGGCGCUUAGGCACGUGUCGCUUGGCCUCACCACCCUCAAGUCCAUCAACCUGUCAUUCUGCGUAUGCAUCACCGAUUCCGGCGUCAAACAUCUGGCCAGGAUGUCGAGUCUACGCGAGUUAAAUCUACGCUCGUGCGACAACAUUUCCGACAUCGGCAUGGCGUACUUGGCCGAAGGCGGCAGUCGCAUCACAUCGCUCGACGUGUCGUUUUGUGACAAGAUUGGUGAUCAGGCACUCGUGCACAUUUCUCAAGGUUUGUUCAACCUAAAAUCCCUGUCACUGUCCGCUUGUCAGAUUAGCGACGAAGGUAUCUGCAAGAUCGCCAAGACCCUACAUGACCUCGAAACCCUCAACAUCGGCCAGUGCAGCCGGCUCACUGACCGGGGUCUGCACACCGUCGCCGAGAGCAUGAAGAAUCUCAAGUGCAUCGACCUGUACGGCUGCACGAAAAUCACCACCAGCGGCCUCGAGCGGAUCAUGAAGCUGCCACAGCUCAGUACGUUAAAUCUUGGUCUGUGGCACGUGCGGUGA